UGGAGACUGGAAAGUUCAAGAUCAAGAUUCCAGCAGUGUUUGGUUUCUGGUGAGAACUCUAUUCCUGGCUUGCAGAUGGCCUCCUUCUUGCUGCACCCUCACAUGGCCUUUUCUUUGUGACAUGGCAGGUAGGUUUUAUAGACAUGGAUAAGAAGUCCACACACAGAAGUCCUGAAGAUGCUGGGACUGGCAGAAACGGAGGUAAACACAAACAAAAGAAAAAAGCAAAGCAAAACCGAAAACACCACCAAUCCCGACACAGAUCAACAUCUCAUUCUUCAGUUGACUAUGUGUUUCCUGCUUCUUCAUCAUCAUCUUCAGGAAGCCAGACGGAUUCAAGUAUUGAAGGUGCUCCCAAGGGAAAAAUUAAAAGAAAGAGAGGUGAGAAAAGGAAUAAAUGGAAAAAAAAGAAAGAAAGGACAAAAGAUGAAACAUCAAGAAAAAGAAAGAGAAGAAAAAAAGGAGGAAACAACCACAUGCUGUCACCUUUCCAAGAGGGGCUGAAACCAGGCUAAACUUGUUGAUUUCCAAAACUCAGUCUUUUGGUGUAAGGUGGCCAAAUGAGGAUGCAGAGCCCAGUGCUGUGAAAGCUACAGAAACAUGGAAGAGCUCGGCGAAUGGGGUGUCUUUCACACCACGUCCAGACUCCUGAAACCAGUCUUCGUAUCCUCUGUAACCACACAAUAAAGAGUUGGGAAAUCGC